GGCAGCGGGCAGGGCAGGCAGGGCGGGCAGCGGGGGACAGGAGGCGGACAGAGCAGGCAGGGCGGGCAGCGAGGAGCAGGCAGUCCCUGCCCGGCGCCGCGGCCGCUGCCGCAUCCCCGACUGGCCCCUCAUGGGGCGCCGCGCGGGCCGGGGAAGGGCGGGGCCAAACCCCGGGGCUGUCAGGGCACGGCGUUUUCCCGGGCCCCGAGGCUCCGGCAGCGGCCCGGCUGCGCCGGCCCCUCCUCUCGCUCCGCUGCCCCUCCUUCCCCCGCCCCGCGGGUGUCGCGGAGGGGUCGCAGGGCGGGCGCCCGUCGGGGCUCCACGGGAUGGACCGUGCUGCGCUGCUCCCCUCGGCCCGGCCCCGGCAGAGGGCGGGCGGGUACGGGUGCGGUGCACCUGCGGGCGGCUCGGCGCGGCGGGGCUCGGCGGCACUCGGCGGAGCCAUGCCGGCCGCCACCGCACCCGGGCUGGACGCGCUGCACUCCUCUGCGCUAGCGCGGGCCAGCGGCGGUCUCCGCGGAUACACAGGGCAGUGCAGCCGCCUCCUCUCGCCCCAGCUCGGCUCACUGCAGGUCCUUCACGGCAACGGCACCGAUGUGGGAACAGUGGUCACGUUCCAGUGCUCCUCCGAGCACCAGCUGGAGGGACCGGGCAUCAUCACCUGCGUUUGGAAAGGGAACAGCACGCAGUGGACAGCCGGAGUGCCCUCCUGCAAGCCCAUAUCAAAAUACGAGACUUUUGGUUUUAAGGUCGCAGUGAUUGCCUCCAUUGUGAGCUGUGCUGUCAUUCUGCUGAUGUCCAUGGCUUUCUUAACUUGCUGUUUGAUCAAGUGUGUGAAGAAAAGUGAGAGGAGGAGAACUCAAAGAGAAAUUCAGCUGUGGUACCAGCUGAAGACUGAAGAACUAGAGCACAUGCAAGCUGCUUACUUUGGUUUUAAGGGAAGAAACAAUAACAACAACAAUAAGAAACUCAGGAAUACAUCUGUAUUUGGUGAUGUGACUAACAUGGCAUAUGAUAACCAAGGCUUCUACAGGUCCCAGGAAGAGUGGACUCGGGAUGUUCCUGGGUGUUGCAAAGACAUCAGUCACAUGCUGAAGGUAGCCAAGAGCAGUGGUACACCUAGGGAACACACGGUACUGAGACACAACACUGCACUGCAGACGGUGAACUCCAUACAUGUUGUUGAAGUCUACAGUCAUAAGGAUAAUUACAACAAACCGACCUGCCAGAUACCUGGAUAGCUGGUGUCUGAAAUGCAACUGCUUCUCUGGACCAAAAUGAAAUAUUGAUAGAAAUAUGUGCCUUAAAGACAACAUAUAAAGUUCAUUAUUCAUAUGAACUGUAAGUUUUCUAUAUUCCAAGAUGAUUAUUUAGGAGAAAUGCUUCAAGGUCUGAUACAAAUAAAGAUAUGAAUAUUG